AUGCUGAUUCUAGAACAAGAAAUGAUUGAUCAGGUCCUUGAAGGCUUGAUGAAUAAAUUUGAGAACUUUUUCAAAUUUAGUCAAAAUCAUCCAAACGAGGAGGUAACGAUAACGGUUGUCGAAAACAACGUUGUUUUGAAAACUCAAACGGGUGUUGAGUAUAAAGCAGCUAAACUAAACUUAUCAAAUGAGGAGUGGGAUCUUCUGAACGAGAAAACAAACUGGUGUGAAAAUGAGGGUAAAAAGCUGAUAAUGCCAAAAUUUAUAAGCCAACAAGAGGAAGAUGAGCUGUUGAACGAUAUGGAUGACAUGAUUAAGAGUGCGACGCGUAAACGACCGAACGAAAACGAAGCGAACGAGAAAGAAAUAACGAAUGCAGUCUCAUCUGGAAGUAAGUUUGUUACUUCCGCUCAAAUAGUAGAGCCACAAGGAGGCAGCGAUGCGAUAUCUAACGAUGCGUUAACGACUGUUACAAAUUAUUGCUUUACCACUAACAAGCUCAUGACACAACAAAGUCAAAUGUUGACAGGUGUUGUAAAUACUGUCAAGAGCCUUGAGGUUAUGCAGCAAAAACUGCUGAAUGAGUUGAAAAGACAGCAGGAAAAUAUUGAAACUCAAGCCAAAAGGCUGAAGGAGAUCAGUUCUAAAUCGGCAUUGAUUGGUAACGAUGAGAGUAACGACAGAGAGAAAAACAACGAAUUGACGAACGACUGGACAAAUAAGAUUUCUGAAUUGAUACGACAGGAGUUGAAUAGUCAAAGAUCAGCUGCAUUCGUGACCAAACGAAAUCCGCAAGAUCGGUGCUUUGAAUGCGAUGAUUACGGACAUCACAGUUGUGAUUGUCCAUACAAAGGAACUGGUCUCAAAAAGUGUUAUGAGUGUGGUAAAUUUACAACUCAUAAAGCCAAGGACUGUCCAGAUCGACGUGCACGACUGAAUAGGGAGCGUGAACGAGGACGUGGCUCUGCGAAAGGAAGGCUUCAGAACUUCCGAAGGGACAAUCGACAGUUUCAAAAGCGGAGGAACAACGAUUAUCCAAAGGAGCAUGGAUCGAAACGAGCGAGGUUCAACAACAGACGAGGUCGUAGUAACUACAAAAAUGUUGCUAAAAACUCAAAUCAGCCCAAGCAACAACAAGCAACAAACACGAAGUCAGGUGACUCGAAGAUGAAUAAAGGUAAUACGUACACGGUCGGUAUAUUAACGAUAUGA